CCGGGGCCACAGUGUGGGGUGUACUUGAAGAAGAGACACAGAAAAGUUACGAGCGGAUCUUUUUUCUGACGUCUGAUCUGCUGCAGCAUCCUCCGAGAGCAUCAUCAUGGCAAACAAGGCACAGCAGCCUCCUCACCUGCACCUGGCCGAGGUCACCGCGUCUCAGUUCCUCGACAUUUGGAAACAUUUCGACACCGACGGUAAUGGCUACAUCGAGGGGAAGGAGCUGGAGAACUUCUUCAGGGAGUUGGAGAUGGCCCGGAGAGGAGCUGGGGUGGACCCUACAAAACCCACAUUCAGAGAAAACAUGAAGGAGUUCAUGCAGAAGUUCGACAAGAACAAAGAUGGAAGGAUUGAGAUGUCAGAGCUGGCCCAGAUUCUCCCUACCGAAGAGAACUUCCUGCUCUGCUUCAGACAGUAUGUCAGCUCCAGUGCUGAGUUUAUGGCGGCAUGGAGGCGGUAUGACACAGAUCGCAGUGGCUACAUUGAAGCAAAUGAACUGAAGGGCUUUCUGUCAGACCUGCUCCAGAAGGCUAACAGACACUACGAUGACCAGAAGCUCCAGGAGUACACACAGACCAUACUCAGGAUGUUUGAUCUGAAUGGAGAUGGGAAGUUGGGCCUGUCGGAGAUGGCAAGGCUCCUUCCUGUUCAGGAGAAUUUCUUACUUAAAUUCCAGGGUGUCAAGUUGGACGCUGAGCAGUUCAAUGACAUCUUCACAUUCUAUGACAAGGAUGGCAAUGGCUACAUCGAUGAGCACGAGUUGGACGCGCUGCUACGAGACCUUUACCAGAAAAACAAGAUGGAGGUGGACCUGAAGAGCCUGACAGGCUACAAGCAGAGCAUCAUGAGCCUGUCUGAUGGAGGGAAGCUGUACCGUGGCGAGCUUGAAAUUGUCCUCUGCAGGGAGCCAAUUCUGUGACUUUUCCUCCUCUCUUGUUGUAUAUCAUAAUUUUCUCUGCCUGCCCUGCUUUGCCCUCCCGAGACCACACCCACUUCCAGCUGCCUGGCAACAUAUACCAGGUGCAUGAGCCAGACACCCCCCGCCCCGUAUCAUUUACCCGCCCCCUGUUAAAGUUACAACUCCAGAAUGAAAGAUAAGUGCACUGUCAGCACGCAACAGCUCUUUGUCCUUAAACCCUUAUUUUCUGAUAUUUGACCCUUCAACCCCCAACAUGACCUGUGAGUCCUCUAUCUUUUCUUCUUGAAAACUUUUCCCAUGUCGUUAACCGUUUCUGACCUCAUCCCUGUCUAUGCCGCCCAUGCUGUGCCUGACUUGUAUAUCCUAAAAAAAAAAACAUUAUUCCACAGAAAUGACCUUUGAACCUGUUUAUAACCCCUGUACCUCUACCCGGCUUCAUUGACCCUUUGUUCCCUUGCUCUAUCAACUUUGCAUUAGAUACAAUAUAUAGUCAAGAAACAUGCAGAAGACUGUGUUUGAACUGAUUAAUUUAUAGUAUGUGAUGGAACUGUUACUGAU